AUGAAUAUUCAUGGCCUCCAAAGCAAUUUUUGCUCUGCUCAUUCACCUCUGCUGCCAGUUCAACCUCCAUCUCGAAUGGAAAGUCAUUUGUGGUAUGUUUUACCUGAGGAGGUGAAGAGUGAAAGCCUUUUGAAUCGGUACUCUGAGCUUUUGUCACCGUCUGAGAAAGACAAUGUUUUGGGUAUGCGUGGAGAGGAGCUCAAGAAAAGAGCCUUGCUUGCCCGGGCAUUGGUUCGGACUACCAUAUCUAGAUAUACAAACCAUCGAGUAGAUCCAAGAUCCUUAAAGUUUAAAAAGAACAAUCAUGGGAAGCCUGAGGUAGAGUGGCAAAUUGCAGAUGACUGGCAGCCACCACCACUGCAUUUCAACAUCUCACACACUUCUACCUUGAUAGCUUGUGGAGUAACUGUGGAUUCACCAAUUGGUAUAGAUGUGGAAGAGAAGCAACGGAAGUUGAAGAACCAUAUCUUAGCUUUUGCUCGACGGUACUUUUCUUCUCAUGAAGUGGAACAUUUAACUUCUAUUUCGGACAUUGAAAUUCAGCGUCAACAGUUUAUAAAAUUAUGGACUCUCAAGGAGGCAUAUGUGAAAGCAUUGGGGAAGGGCUUCUCUUCUGCACCGUUUAAGACCUUUACCAUUCGAGUGAGGGAUGCAGCUAAGAGAGGCCUUCAUCUUUCUGGGGACAUAGAUUCUGAGAUAUCUGAAAUAAGUGUUGAGUCUCUUGGUUCCAUGAACCUCACAACCAAUUGGCAAUUUUCGCUUCUAGAGUUGGCUGGCUCUCAUUAUGCUGCCAUUUGCAUGGAAAAACAUAAAGCCGUUGGAGAGAAAGGAAAUGCUCCCAUGAAAUUGACAGUGCGGAGAACGAUUCCAUUUGUUGAAGAUGAAUGUGUUACAGGAACUGAUGCGGUUUUACCAAUAGGCGGAUUGAAUUGUUAG